GUUUGUUGCGGUUGCACCCGAUGCAAGAGCCGGAUGGCUCACAGGGCUAUACCAAAAUAAAUAAACUGAACUUAAAUACAGGUUAAGGGGGGGGGAGCCAAGUAGGGAACAUUGAUGUUGUGUGGAGCUAAGUUACUCGGUCUUUUGUUAUGCUGAGGGUGCGGGGGAUGCGGUGGGUCACUGCACGGGGGCAAUGGAAAAAUGGAAACAAAAAUGGAAAAGUUCGGAAAGAAUAUGCUGUGCGCUUAAAAGGUAGCUAAAGUUUUGACUUGGUUUAUGACUUCUUUCCAGUGGUUGUGUCGCCUCCGAAACGUAGUGAUUUUCUUGUUGUCUUUUAUUUUACUUUACCUACGUGACUUUACCGAAAAAAAAAACCAAAGAGUAUGAAUCCUUGCAGUCACGAAAUCUUCAAAUCUAGAAUCAUCAAAUCUCCCAACGACCCGAAACUCUACCGGGCAGUGACUGUCCCCAACGGCCUGAAAGCGCUGCUGGUGGGCGACAUCUCCCGCUGUGAAUCCACCCCCAAACGUGACGCUUCUACCCCGUCACACCAUCACCACCACGCUGAUGGUGGUGGUGAUGAAGAGGAAUGGACAGACAUUGAUGAUGAUAGCGAUGGCGAUACCGGCGAUGAUGAUGAUGGCGGUGAUGGUGAUGAUGGUCCUAAGAGGCGGAAGACAUCAUUCCAGUCGGAGAAGUUGGCUGCAGCUGCUCUGUGUGUGGAAGUUGGCAGCGUCAGUGAUCCGGAAAAUAUCCCAGGACUUGCUCACUUCCCAUGAACACAUGGUGUUCAUGGGAAGUUCUCUCUCUACCCCUGCGAGAACUCCCUGGAUGACUUCCUGCGUCGCCACGGUGGCAGUGACAACGCAGGCACGGACUGUGAGCACACAACCUACACCCUGGACGUUCAGAACACGUACCUACAGCUUGCGCUGCACAGAUGGGCUCAAUUUUUUAUAUCUCCACUCAUGAAAAGAGAGAGAGAUAGCAUGGAGAGAGAAGUGCAGACCGUGGAUCGCGAGUUCCACGAAGCGCUGAAGUCUUGACUCACACAGAGUGGAGUCUCUAAUGGGGGUACGCUUGCCAAGACAUUGCAUCCCAUGGGACAAUUAUUUUGGGGCAACUCUGCGUCCCUGCUCCACUCUGCUCGAGCACAUGGUCUGGACGUUCACGCUGCACUCCGCCAGUUCCAUCAGCGGCACUACUCAGCCUGUAGGAUGACACUCGCUGUGCAGUCCAGGGAAUCUCUGGAUCAGCUGGAGGAGUGGGUGACAGAAAUCUUCUCCAAGAUGCCCAACAACGGUCUCACCAGGGUUGACUUCUCGUCCCAGGGGCCUCCCUUUGAGAUGGAAACUUUCCACAAAUUAUACCGAGUUUCCGUUAAGAAGCUCCACAUCCUGCACAUCACAUGGUCUCUGCCACCUCAAGCCCAUCACUACAGGGUGAAGCCGCUCACCUAUUUGUAUUGGCUACUAGGUCACGAAGGGGAAGGCAGCGUCACAGCCACGCUGAGGCAGCGACUGUGGGCGACUUCUCUGAGCUGUGGAAACUCCGAGUCUGGAUUUCAGCAAAACUCCACGCACUGCCUCUUCUCCUUCCGCAUCACGCUGACCGAUAUCGGCCUGGACAACUUCUACCCGGUGGUCCACGUGGUGUUCCAGUACUUGAAGAUGCUGCAGCAGCUGGGGCCUCAGGAGAUGAGCUAUCGUGAGAUUCAGCACAUUGAAGCAAACAACUUCAGAUUUCAAGACCAGGAGGAGCCAAUUGACACGGUGGAGAAUCUGUGUGAGAAUUUUCAGCGCUACGCUGCACACGAUGUGAUAGUGGGUGACCAGCUACUGAUGGACUACCAGCCAGAGGUGAUCGCCGCGGCUACGGACCUCAUGACCCCGGGCCGGGCCAACCUCCUGCUGCUGUCGCCCAAUCACGCGGCUCGCUCAGAUCACGUGACCGAGGGGCGCUUCAACACCAGAUACAGCGUGGAGGACAUCGAUCUGGCGUGGGGAGAUCUGUGGACCGGUUACUUCCCGCUGAGUCUGGACCUGCACCUGCCGGAGCUAAAUCCGUACAUCGCUACGGAUUUCUUACUUGUGGGAAAUCAUCAUCAUCAGCAGCAGCAUCAUCAGCAGGAGGAAGCUGAGUCUGAUUAUCCCCGGCUGAUAGCAUGUGAUGGGCAAGGCAGUCUGUGGUACAAGCUGGACCGGACAUUCCUCGUGCCCAAAGCCUACCUCAAUUUCCAACUAAUUUCUCCUCUGAUUCAAGAAUCCGCCGAAAACCAGCUGCUGCUGGACCUGAUGGUUAUGUCCGUGUCCCACUGCGUGUCCACCCGUCUCUACCCGGCGUCAGUGGCCCGUCUGCACUACCGCCUGAGUGCCGGCGACCGUCACCUCGGUAUCCACUGUUCUGGCCACAACCACACGCUCCCGCUGCUCUUCCGAGCCCUGGUCCUGUCUCCGUCCGAGUUUUCUCCGUCCCAGCUGGUGGUCGAUGCGAUGUUGGAGCAGAUCAGAUGCAGCCUCCACAAUGCCAUCAUCAAGCCGGACAAACUGGGCAGGGACGUGCGUCUCUGCUUGCUGGAGACUGAACGCCGGUCCCUCUCCAGCCGUCUCUUCUGUGCAACGAACGCCACCACCACCACUACCACCACCUCCACCACCAAUGCCACCGUCAUUUCGGCCGAGCGGCUGAGGCAGUUUGCUCGGCGCUUCCUGGCGUCGGUUCGGGUCCAGGGCCUCGCGCAGGGAAACCUCACGGCAGAGGAAGCAUUUGAGCUGAUAGACUUCUUAUGCGAGAGGGUUGGUGGAUAAGGCGCCGGCCCACCGUUGCCCCUGACCUUCCGGGUUUCCAGGCUCCCCGAGAAGUGUCGCCGGUCGUGCCGGCUGGCGUCACGGAACCACAGAGACUCCGGCUCGGACGUCACAGUCUACUACCAGUUUGGACCAUGCACCAUCAGGGAGAAUGUGCUCAUGGAACUUCUAGUGAUGCACAUGGAGGAGCCUUGCUUUGAUUUUCUUAGAACCAAACACAGCCUGGGAUACCACGUGUACGCAAUGUGCAGAUGUACAUCCGGAAUCCUGGGGCUGUCCAUCAACGUGUCUUGCCAAAGCAGCAAACACAGCACGAGCUACGUGGAGUCAAAGAUUGAGGGGUUUCUGUCUCACUACGAAGUCUCCCUCAGUCACCUCACUCAAGACGACUUCAAAUCGCAGGUCAAUGCCCUCGUCAGCCUCAAGCGCUGUGAAGAUUCACACCUGGGGCAGGAGGUGGAGCACAACUGGGAGGAGGUGCUGACUGGACAGCUCCUCUUUUGUCGCGUGCAGAAAGAGGUGGAGGCAUUGAUGUCUCUCCGGUGUGAGGACCUCUCAGAAUUCUUCUCCGCAGUGAGGAGGCACAGACGCAUACUCAGCAUUCACGUCAUUGGGAGUUCAGAGGUCAAAGGUGAAGGCCCGGAGGUCACCAGGCAAGGGUCAGGCUGCGAGCGGCCUUCAGCCGCCAUCACUGGACAACAACAACUCCAUAGAGGCAAUACACUACGUAUUGCCUCUAUGGAGGCCCGUCGUGAAGUCAUUAGUCGUUAACAGCGGUGAUCGUUAAGAGGGGUUCUACACGGGAGAGCUUUGUUUUAUGGCCCGGUCACACUGAUUGUAUGGAAGUUCCGAAGUUAAGAAGUUUAUUUCCAGACUAAAGUUCAAUGAGCUAAAAAGCUAUUUUUGUAGGGGGCGACUCGGCCAACAGACAUCAACGCAUUCCAUAAUUUUAGAUUAAAAAGAACCUUAAUACUGUAAUAACAAUUGUGAGAAUCGGGUUUCCCCUUUUUUAUGGCAACAAAACAGGUGUUGAGAUGUUAAAACACCAAACUGAAACCUUUUACAAGGAAUCAUGUCUGCAUUAAC